AGACUGUAACUUGCUCUCGCCUGCUCCAUGAACGGCGAGAACUUCGCUGCCAGCGAGAGGCUGGUGGCCGCAGCGUACGUGCGGCAGGGGGCGCAGGGUCGCCGUGCGCACGAGCUCCGCCUGCGGGCGCUGCUGGAGCAGGGUAAGUGUCCUGAAGAUGGAUGGGAUGAAAGUACCAUUGAACUCUUUCUUCAUGAACUUGCCAUUAUGGAUAGCAACAAUUUUCUGGGGAAUUGUGGUGUGGGUGAGAGGGAAGGAAGAGUGGCAUCAGGACUUGUUGCCCGUCGGCAUUACAGGUUGAUCCAUGGAAUCGGAAGGUCAGGUGAUAUUUCUGCUGUCCAGCCUAAAGCAGCAGGUUCUAGCCUUCUGAACAAACUUACUAAUUUGAUAGUUCUGGACAUUAUAAAGCUGGCUGGUGUCCGGACAGUGACCAGUUGUUUUGUGGUUCCCAUGGCAACCGGCAUGAGUCUAACCCUUUGUUUCUUAACACUACGGCACAAGAGACCAAAGGCAAAAUAUAUUAUUUGGCCACGUAUAGACCAGAAAUCUUGCUUUAAAUCUAUGAUAACUGCAGGUUUUGAGCCUGUGGUGAUAGAGAAUGUAUUAGAAAAUGAUGAGCUGCGCACAGACCUCCAGGGUGUGGAAGCUAAAAUCCAGGAGCUUGGGGCUGAAAAUGUCCUUUGUGUUCAUUCUACAACUUCCUGCUUUGCCCCAAGGGUACCUGACAGACUGGAAGAACUUGCUGUGAUUUGUGCUAAUUAUGACAUUCCCCAUAUUGUCAACAAUGCAUAUGGAGUUCAGUCUUCAAAAUGUAUGCAUCUCAUCCAGCAGGGUGCUCGAGUAGGUAGAAUAGAUGCUUUCAUCCAGAGCCUGGACAAAAAUUUUAUGGUUCCAGUAGGUGGAGCUAUCAUUGCUGGCUUCAAUGAUUCCUUCAUAAAAGAGAUCAGUAAAAUGUAUCCAGGAAGAGCAUCAGCAUCUCCUUCCUUAGAUGUCUUUAUUACUCUACUAUCACUAGGUGCAAAUGGCUACCGACAGCUACUAAAACAAAGAAAGGAAAUGUUUUUGUAUCUUACAAGUGAGCUGAAGAAGUUGGCAGAAAUCCACAAUGAGAGACUGUUGGAUACACCACACAACCCUAUUUCAUUAGCCAUGUCGCUAAAGAACCUAGAGGAACACAGUGACACUGCUGUUACACAACUUGGAUCUAUGCUUUUUACAAGACAAGUUUCUGGAGCUAGGGUGGUUCCCCGAAGUUUUCAGCAAACAGUGAAUAACUAUACAUUCAAAGGCUUUAUGUCACAUACAAAUAACUACCCUUGUGCUUACCUCAAUGCUGCUUCAGCAAUUGGCAUGAAAAAGCAAGAUGUGGACAUGUUCCUUAAAAGACUCGAUAAGUGUUUGAAGACUUUUGGAAAAGAAACAAACAAAGGAAAAGACGUGCCUAAAACAAAUGAUUGUAAUGCAGAUCUAGUCAAGGGAGAACCAGAAGAACCAAACAAGAUGUAGAUUUUGGAACUUAGUGUAAUUUAUUCCUGCAAGAUGUCAAGUUUGUAUCAUAUUGCAUUAUGAAUCUUCAGUUCUGGGAAUUAGAAAUUUAACCCUUGUUAAAAAACAUCUUGGAUAAAAUUCAUAUUAAAAAUAUUGUUGGAAGAUAGUCACUUCCCUGUGCAUAGAGGCCCAGCCACUAGGCUUCUGCAUCACCACUUAUGCCGUCAAAAUAGACUUUAUUUUGGCACUCUCCUUGAGGCCAAAUUUGAAUUGGAAUUGGAGAAGUACCUGAAGAAAGAAUCAAUGAAUAGUGAGGAAUAUUUUAAACUGAAUUUUCUGUGGUGGUAUUUGCACUACUGGUUUAUAUGGAAGCCUUUUAUUAAUUUCAUCAAAUGUCUAUUGAAUGAGGGCAUUCCCGUAUUUAUACUGAUUAAUUCAUGACGGCCAUGUACAGCCAGUCCCCACUGAAUCUUUGUGUGAAUGAGAGGAGAGUUGGGUAUUAAAUAGCAUUUAAAAAAAUGCAAGGAAGUGAGGCAGCUCAAAGUGGUAAUUUCUUAUGAUCUCUUACCUAGUAAUGCUCAGAAUAGCUGUAAUAGCAGCCACAUAUUUAAAGUCUGGAUAGUUUUCACAGCCAAGGAACUGCAGUGCCUCAUGUAUUUGAUCUCUGCCUUGAUAAUGGCUCUCCUGUAAGAAAGCAAUCAGUGGACCUGAGGCAGGGAGAGAUAGUAGUGUCAUUGAGCUUUGAGGAGGUUACAGCAGUUAAGAGAUCAGCUGGCCCCUGUGGGUGUCCUGGGAUGUAAGAUGCACUCUAGCACUUGGAUAAUAUGAAGACUUACUUCUGAACCAUCUCCUGUAGGUGAUGCUAUUGCUGCACCAGCUAUAGUCUGGCGCUGACUGAAUUGGUUAGCCUAGCAAAAUAUUGGUGUUCUGAAAAUGAGGGGCCUGUAUCACUGACACGUUGACUGUUGGUUUAAAUAGUUGGUUUAGAUUAGUAAAGUUUUUAGUUUAAUUCCCCUUUUUAAUGUAGCAUAUACAGAGUGGCAGUUGCCAAGUCAUUUAUUAGCUCAACUCUGCAAUAUUUCUCUGUCAGUCUGUCAUGAUGCCUUGGAGCACCACAUUUAUUUCAGGGAAUGUCCUAGAUUUUUCAUACAUGGAGAACCAUACACCUUUGUUGACUACUAAAUCAAAAUAUUGGCCCUUUCCUAAAGGUUUGUGUAUGUAAAGGAAUAAGAUAAAUAAUGAAAAUGGGGACAUUAGUGCACAUAAGCUAAAGUGCAUUAGCUCCGUGUGGCUGCUUUCAUUCAGAAAAAAGUGGCCUUAGUUCACUAUAUUUAAGCUUGAAGAUUUGCUGCCACUGUUUCACCGCUACUCCUAUGUGAGCCAGCUACAUGCACCUACUUGUGCUACAGUCACAUCUGAUAUACAGACAUAUCCUAAGAGAUAUGUAAUACAUAGGUUGAUCCCUGGUCCUUGUGACUGUAAGCACACUCUCCUACCUUGCGUUUGUCAAGGUCAUAGCAUACUACAGCCUUCACCACUGCACAAAGCUCUGGCACAGUUUUGAGGUGCAAAAAGAUGGCAUGGUUCCUGCCGCUAUGUUAUAUGUUGGAGCAGUUAAUCAAAACUGCAGAGAUUUAGUCAAAUCCUCCUCCUGUUCAUGAGUCAUGGUCAUUCAUUCAGGGAACAAACAAAUUAAAGCUUAGAUGAGUAUUUCACAGAAUUCAAAUAUUAAACUCUCCUCUAUGGUCUCAGGUGGUGUGUGCCAGCAGUUUUACAGACUUAAAUAAGCAUUUGGUGAAUAAUAUUCCCAAAUAAACAAUUCAAGAAAAAAAAGAAAAUUGCACUUGGCUCAAGGGGUAUUAAGAGCAGAAAAACAUCUUAAAUAAAUUGCUUAUUGCAAAUAAUUCACUCAACUCUACUGGUUAAUGGAUUUGACUAGGUACUGAGCUACCUCUUCUAGUUUAAAAUCUUCUGGUUCUCAAGUUAUUUUGGAUUAGAUGAGUUAUAUUAUCUCCUCUAUGGAAUAACGUGAAACAGGUAAAACUAUUCUAAUGACUUUUUCAUUACCAGUUUGAAAACAUCCUCAUUUACUCUGUUUUAACCUCCUUGUGGUCCUUCUCCUUUCAUACUUGUUAGGAAAUAGGGCUUGGGUCUUUGGUCUCUGGUCUUCUUUUAUGCACAGUAAUUGGGCAGCCACGUAGACAUUUUCAGACAUCUUCUUUAUGGUGAUAACAUGCAAAUCUACUUCACCACUUAUGACACCUCUCCUUCUCCAGUCCCAGAUCUCAGCAGUCUUUCUUCCUGAUAUUUCUGUGGCUAAAAUUUAGUAACUUAUUUUUCAUCAUCUCUUGCUUUCUUAUAUUGUCACAGGGAUCCCUCUGUAACCCAACUUGUAUCCACACUGAACUGAUUCUUCCUUCACCACAGCUCAAAAUAUUGUCCGUUUUGAUCUCUACAGAUUAGAGCUGGACAGAAAAUUAUUUCCAUCCUAUGGGAUUGAAAAAUUCUGCUGGCAGUUUCUGACAGAAAAACAUUUAAUCGAUUAAAAAGUAACCAAUGACUCCAAUAUAUAUAUCAACACUUGUCUGCAUCCUGCUUAUUUCCUCUGUUCAUUACUGUGACCUUUCCAGUGUCCAGAUACUGAAAUUGUUCACCAAAAUGAGAAUGUUAAAUGAUCUUUUGCUUUUAAUCUGCUGUCAUUCUUUCAUCCUUAAAGUCCCUCCACUAGCUCCUUCCCUACUUCUUCAGAUUUAAAUUACUUUUACCUUUUCUACUUAAUGCUAGUGAUGCCUAUAUCCAACUUGUACCUCAUCUUGAAGAAUUCCUGUGUAAGUUUAUGUAUGAAAGUAGUUCCAUUAAAGAGAUGUGUAAUUACCAUAUUUAUUUGAAUACAAAACAAGGUGUUUCUCCAAACAGCAAAGCCCUUCAUCUUACAUCUGAAUACAAGAAAACCUUAUUAGAUAAAUUGUCUAUUAGUAAACUGCUGCUAAAAACAGCAUGUGCUCAGUAAUAGAAACCAACUAUUACCAACUGAUGCAACCAACACCUAAGCAUAACUGAAACAAAUGGCCCAUAUUGGGAAAACAUGCUUUUUUUUUUUUUUUAAAUAAUAUAUUUCAUGUUCCAGGUCAAAUUAGCCAAAUCCAUUCCAAGUCAUAUCGAUUGAGCAGAACUCAGUCGUUCCAAAAGCCAUAUCAGCUGAGCAGGCAGAACUCAGUCUUUCUAAACACCACAUAUGGUGCUAUAACCAGUGAGCAUCCUUCACCUGAGACCUAUCACCCUGGGACUUCAGAUACUUCCAAAUCCAUUGGCAGGCAUCCUAUGUGCAGGACCAAGCUCGGAAGUCUUUGAUUUUGGAUGCCCCCAGAUAUUAGAAGCAAGCAUCCUCCAUCCCAGACUCUUUAGUUCGGCACUUCAGAUACUCCCUACACUCAGCUUUAGCCCACAAGAGGCCAAGAAGCAAUAUUGGACAAACAUGCAAGGAUAGAUUGAUGCACUCCAUCUGAAUAAAAUAGUGCCUUUUGAGUACAGUCCCCCUCAGUGCCGACUUUUUUUCAAUUCAGGAUGAGCCACUACAGUGCAUAUGUUUUGACUCCCUCUUCACUCCCACAGCUGAGCUGCACAUUUCUUUUCCAUUUCCAAUUAGUGCUGUUUCUUCAGUAGCCAAAAUGUCUGGCAAACAUCACCAAAUGGGGCCCCAAACAGUUUACCCAGUAUCCCUGUGUCAGCCCUCAGCCUGGCAUGGGAUUAGUUUGCCCUUUAUGAGGUAGAGCUGGACCAGGUUGUCCUGUGUCUUUUCUGCAUAUAAAUCUUUGGAGCAGAACUCCAAUCCCAGGACUCAUGACAAAAACACCCAGUUGUAGUCAUAAGUGGAAGCUAAUUGGCACAUUGAUCCUUUGUUGGUGGUGUCUGGAAUAUACACACAGACUGAGCAAUGCUGAGACAUGGGGUCACCAUAGCUUGAAAUGCUGUUGACUCUGAUGUGGCCCAGCCCAGUGAACUAUAUGGUAAAUCUUGAGCUUUUAGCUUUGGACUAAUACAAUGCAUAGUUCAUAGGCUCAGAUCAAGUAUAGUGGCUUCUUAACCUCGCAGGGUAAAUAUCAUGUCUCUGUGUCCAUGAAGACACUCCUCCUGAACUGCACUGCAGGAGAGUUGCUCAUCUGGCAUGGUUCAGUACCUGCUGAGGUGCAGUGGCUUUAAACCUAGUUUAUGGAAAUGGGAGUCUCCUCCCUUGUUUGCUUUGAUGGCCUUAUGGCUAAGGCCAUAGCAAGGGCAAGCAAAACUUGGGGGCAUCCGAACCCCAAGCCUCUGGGCUUGGGACUGCAAGUAGGAUGCCCACCAAAGGUUUUGGAAACAUCUGAAACCCCAGGUUUGGGUAGAGGAUGUUUACCGGUAACAGGACCACUUAUGGUUCUGGACUCUUGGAUUUAGAAUUAGGUUUGGCUAAUUUAGCCUUGAAUACAAAUUAUAUAUAUAUAAUGUGUAAAUCACUACAACUAUGAUUAAUUUCAAAGUCAGUUGUUCAAAUUUGUACCUCCUUUCCUCUGCUGAGGGAGAGCAGGGUCUAAGAGUAAGGAAGGAUCUGCAGAGCAGGAAAAGUUGGAGUGAGGCAGAGUGCAAACGGGUUACCUGACCCAUUAGAUUAAUUUUCCCUGUUGUAACAGUGGGAGGGGGGGAAUUCAAGGCAAGCCUCCAAUAAUUAGAUUCUAUACCUAAUAAAUUUAUACAUUUUCCAUAUGUAGAAACUAAUUAUUGAGGGGGGUCCUCUUAUAAUCAGGGUUGUCUUAUCUUUGAGUAAGUACGGUAGUUUUUUCAGAAUUGUGCUUUUACUGCAUGGCCUACUGAUUCUUCUCCGCCAGGCUUUGUGCCCUAUCUGUCCCCUUUUCCAUCAUCCCUUUUCUCCCACACCAGUCAUUUUCAAUUGAAUACCCUCUAGUGCCUACUACUCUCUUUUAUGGCUCACUUCACACAUUUCAGCAAUGCAUCUAACCAAAUAAUUGAUUUGAAUUUUUUUUACAAAACGUGUGCUUGAGCCUUGUACUAAAUACCCAUGAGAUCCUACUUCUAGAAUUUGUUCUUCAUCUUGCAGUCUCACUCACUUCCUGUGUCACCAUUUAUUAUGUUGUAUUCUAAUUUAAAUUCAGCUAUUGGGGGCACAGACUUUGCCUAAUUUAAUAAGAACUUGUUACCUAGGCUUGCUUGGAAAAUGAAAUUUUAUAUAAACAAUCCAAAACACAAUGUAUUGUUAACAGAAAUAAAUGGAAAAGAAUUACCAAA